GUGUUUACACAAACAAAAACGAAUGCAGAACACAAGACGGUUUUUACACACAGACAAAAACGAAUGCAGGACACAAGCCGGUGUUUUACAUCAGACAAAUAAAUGCAAGACACGUGCCUUGCAUGACAUAAUGGCCCAUAAUUUCCUAAGAGGUAGCCUAGGAGAGGCUCCAAAAUUCACACAAGUGCAGCUAUACAGCAGAACACCAACUUAGACACACUUCUGCAUCAAAGAACUAAUAUAAAUAAUCAAUCAUCUCCUAUAUACUUCUUGCAUGUAGUCCAAACUCCAAAGUGCUAUAUUAAUACUACAAAAAAAGUAACUACAUUCUGCUAUAUUUUAGGACUAAAAUGGAGCUAAAAGAACACAUACAGCCACAUGCAGUACUGAUACCAGUUCCUCUUCAAGGCCAUAUAAAUCCCUUCACACAUCUUGCCAUGAAACUUGCCUCAAAAGGUUUUACCAUCACCUUUGUCAACACAGAAUCAACUCACCAGCGGAUAGCUAAAGCUCAGUCACUUAAAGAUGACGACAACCCUUUCUCCCAUGCAGAGGAAUCUGGUCUUGACAUUCGUUAUGCUAGAAUCAGCGAUGGUUUUCCACUGAGUUUUGACAGGAGAGCCAACGCGAGCCAGUUCAUGAUAGGUCUCACUCAUGUUUUCCAAGCUCAUGUUGAUGAUUUCAUUGAAAAUCUAGUCCUCUCGAAACCAAAUCCACCAGUUUCUUGUAUAAUAACUGACAGUUUCCACGUAUGGGGAUCAACGAUUGCAAGGAAAUAUAAUCUCGUCAAUGUCUCAUUUUGGACUGAACCAGCAACAGUGCUUACAGUCUUCUAUAACACCGACCUGCUCAAGAGAAAUGGCCACUUUGGGCGACAUGAUAAGUACGAUGACACCAUUAGCUACAUACCAGGAAUUCAAGCCAUUAAACCAGAGGAUUUACCUUCAUAUUGUCAAGAUGCUGAUCCAAACGAGACUAAAUACGUGUUCAAGUGUAUUGAAGAUGCACAGAAAGCGGACAUUGUCAUUGGUAAUACAGUGCAAGAGCUAGAGUCUUCAACCAUCUUGGCCUUACAAGAGCAGCAACCAUUCUAUGCAAUUGGGCCAAUCUGUCCCACAAACUUUACCAAGAAAACAAUUUCAACGAACCUGCUACCGGCAACAGAUUACACCAACUGGCUCAAUACCAAACAAGAUGGUACAGUGUUAUACAUCUCAUUUGGUAGUCUUGCUAAUUUAAGUAAACAGGAUAUUCUGGAAAUAGCACAAGGCAUUCUGAUAAGUAAAGUGAGUUUCAUUUGGGUGCUACGUCACAAUAUCUUAGUAUCCGGAGAAAGAAACAUUUUGCCUCUCGGAUUUGAGGAAGAAACAGCAGGGAGAGGAUUGGUUGUGCCAUGGUGCUCUCAACUAGCAAUACUAUCACAUCCAUCAGUCAGAGGGUUUCUGACUCACUGUGGGUGGAAUUCAAUCUUGGAGAGUAUAUGGUGUAAAGUUCCAAUGGUGUGCUUUCCUGUUUCGGGGGAUCAACUUACUAACAGGAAAUUAGUGGUUGAUGAUUGGAGGAUCGGUGUGAAUCUUUGCACUAGAGGAUUGAUCAGGAGGGAGGUAGUAGCGGAGAAUAUUGGAAAGAUAAUGAAUAACUCAGAUGAAUCGAGGGAGAAUAUCGAUAAAACAAAGAUGAUACUUCAAAAUGCACUUUCUGAUGAGGGAUCUUCAGAGAAGAAUCUCAACCAAUUCAUACAAGACAUGAAGAACAAGAUUCUUCAGAAAAAUUGAGCUUCUUAUCACAUUCUCACUUACCUAUUACGGUUCUGUUAAGCCAAAAGAAUAGCAAGUGAUGUAUUUUCAUGGAGUAGCUUAGCAAGUGAGGUAUUAGUUCUAUAAUGUUUCGGAGUGAAUAAUGGCAUAACAUACAAUUACUAUUAUUAUGCCUUAUACUAGUCUGGUCAGCUAUAUGAAUCCUCGCAAUUUACCCUGUUCCAUUUGAACUAGUUGAAUAAAGGCAUGGCAUAAUUGCAAGAGAUCUACGUCUAUAUAGCAUGUCAGUAUAGUUGUUUUGUAUACUCAAGUAAAAUAUCUACGUCUGAUAAUGACAACAGCAACUACGUCUCAGUCCAAAACAAGUUGCGAUGAGUUAUAUGAAUCCUCCUCACAACCAGAAUCUCUGACAAUGACAAGGUGAAAAGUUUAUUUGACAACACACAUCCUUUACUUCCAGCCUUCAUAUCGACUUACUUUUCACAAUUAAAUUCUAUUACACUACAGGAACAACGAUAUUUCGCCCUUGGGAAGCUUCUCAAAACAAGUUGCACCUUCAUAGUGUGACCUGGCCUUAGAACAUCCUCAAGCUUAAGAUAACAAAGAAUAUCACCAUCUUGUGAAUUUUCUUCAUCCUUUCCUUACAUCUCAUUAUACAACUUCAGCACCAUUUCGUAUAUUUCACGAGACAUCUCUGCCUUCCUACUUGGAAAAGGACAGAAUUUUUCAUUUUUCAAUAGGAUCUCAGGGAUUGACAUUCUUAUUUUUAAGGGUUAAAAAUAACUUAUGUUUAUCUCUUUUUAAAGUUCUUAAGCUCAUGAAACAUUAAUGUGCCUGCUUACAAGUUCACUUUCUCCCAUCAAAACCAAAGUGUCGUGAACUUACAAGAACUUUCCAUGAAUCCACACUCUUCGUGUGAUCUUCCCAUUCCAUCAUUCACGGACUGGAUACAAAUAUGUUAAACUUUAUUGGUAAUGGAACCACAACUUGUGUCUAUAAUUCCAGAAAAUAGCCAAGGGAAGUAAUACCCCAGUGAAUUAUGUGUCGUGAAGAUAUAUCUUACACUAUCCGAGCAAAAGAAGUAAGACCUUGUUCUAUCAGAACACAUGUACUCCCUCUAUCCUACUCUUUGCUCUAGCUAAAAUCAAAGCAUGGUCAUAUCAUAAAGACCUGAGUUUCACACUCCUCAGGUUCAGAUACUAGGAGAAAAACUAAGCAAAUUCCAUCAUUCAAAAGACACAAAUUACGAAAAAGAUACAUUGACAAUGUUUAGCAAGUGCGAGCUUGUUUUUUUUUUUUUCAUGAACUAGAUGAUUAGUGGUGAUGAGAUUUGAAUUCAGGAUAUUUAUCUGCUUUGAUACUAUGGAAAAAAAUAAUUGGGUUUAAAUCAAUAUUCAAAGCUAUCUCAGAAGGUGAGAAUUGUCGAUGACCAUAUAGGGAGGCACAUCAUAUAACUUAACAAGCAACACGAAAUUUCCUAGAGGGUCACCCUCCUAAUACUACUAGUACUAUUCUCGCCUAAGUGUGCUUAACUUUUAAAGUUUUUGAUGGUUCGAGUGGAUUAGUGUUGAUAUGAAUUCAAUUGUUCUUUCGUUCAAUAUUGAGUUCCCAUAAUAUCUUGUUUAUGCUCUAAUUGUCAGAUCUAAGCUUGGAAAAUGGUGUUAGUAAUCCUACACCACUAGAUGGGAUAGCAAAGCAAAAUUAUGAAUAAAUCAAAAAUGACUUUUUGUUUAAAAAUGAAAUCUUAUUAGAAUCGUUCAUAUCCGAUUUUGUCUGUAGCAAAUGUUUUGUUGUGUGGACUUUUAUAAUUGCCCACAUCAAUGUUUUUAUUGUCUUCUUUUCCCCUAAGAUAUUUAAAUCAUUUUUUAGUGUUGGAUUUGGUAAUCCUUCAAAUCCAUCAUCUUCUCUCUUUUUUUGAAAACAAAUAAGUCACUAUCUCUUUCCCCAGUGCAUUUUUCCAAGAUUAUUAUUUCUUAUUUAUUUCGGAAAGAAUCUUUCUACCUCUUACGAGGUAGAGAUAAGAUUUACUUAAAAAAAACUAUGUUGUGUAAUUUCUUGAGGGCAAAUUUUGUAGAUGGGUAAAGGUAGAUAAUUUUUCUUACUCUGACUUAGGUAAAAGAAAUUACAAGCAAAACUAUACUGUUCACAUAACAUAUUAUUCCUAGCCCAACAUAAAGAAAAGGAAGAACAAACGUUUGAAUUUG